AUGGCCUCCUCCUUCGGCGUCCCGGCCUUCCGCCGCCUGGUCACCCGCCCGCUCUCCUCCCCCGCCAUUGCCCACAGGCGGUGGGCCCAGGUCCACGAUGUCCGCUACCUCGCCACCCACGGCGCCCAGGAGCGCGUGAUAGCAAAGUACAAGCAGAAGCUUGACCGCAAAGCCAAAGAGGCAGGCGUCAAGGACAUCGAUGAGCUCAAAGCCGUCUACAAAGAAAAGAUUGAGACGGUGCGCAAAGAGGCCGCCGCACCGCCCUCGACCGAGGCCCUGCGGCAGAGCACCGCGAAUCCCGCGGCUACGAACACGGCUCCAUUCACUCCGCCGCCGCUGCCGCCGACCAUGACGACGACGACGACGACGACAGCCCAGCAAGCUCCGCAGCCGCCGGCCGAUUCGAAGCUCCCGCCGGGGGUGAAGACGCUCUCUUCUUUCAUCGACGUCGAGAAGACGCUAGAGCUGCCCGAGAAGGAGGUCGAGAUGAUCUGGCGGCUGCGCCACGCACGGAACCCGCAAUCGCUCUGCGCCGUCAUGAAGAGCAGCGGCUGGGACACGAUAUACACAAACGCACGGCAGCACCCGCAGUUCGUGCUUCCCAUCCCGCGCCAAAGCCAGGAUGGCCAGGGUGCCGAGAUCCACUUCAUGCAAUGGACCUUCCCGGCGGACAAGUGCGCCACGGUGCUCUUCACACAUCUGGCCGAGUACCAGCUGCGGAGCGAGUUUGCGGCCCCGCACACCACCGUCACGUUCCACACGGAGAUGGCUGAAUCCAAGGGGCUGGUGCUGGUGCAGGGCACCGUGGUUGACAACCGCGGCGUUUCAGUCGACGAGGGCAAGUGGCUGUUGAUGUGCUUGCAGAAAUUCUACGGCUUGCAGGCCGAGGAGGAUGGCGGCAAGCGCAAGUCGCUGCUGGAGAUGUUCAGCCGCGGCGAUGGCGGCUUCAAGGUCGAGGAGCUGCUGAACGAGGCGGAAAAGAUAUAA